AUGGCGUGUUUUGGCUGGCUAGUCCUGGCAGUCCUGGUGGUAGGCAACGCUGCAGACGAGGCCUCCGAUCCUGAGGGGCUGCUGGAACCCACAGAGGGUCCUGACUCCGAGUAUACUAUCUUCGUGGGUCGCUGGUCUGAAUGCGAACUUCAGGAGAGGGACCGUGCGGCGGAAAGAUACACCAAGCAGAAGAACCCGGACUCCCUAGUGCACACCCCGCGCCUCGGGCUCCAACGGCGGCAGGUGCAAUGUCGACGGAAAGAUGGCCGCUUCGUCGAACCUAUAUUCUGUGGCAAAGCUAUACAGCACAUGGGCGCAUUCAGGAUAUGCGUGAUGAAGGAUGACUGCAUCCUCGGGGACUGGUUUCCAUGGCGACCCAGGGCCGACGGCUUGCUGGUGCGCACUCGAAGGCUGCAGCGGCUACCACAAGGAGGCGGAAAGGAUUGCGACUUGAUAGAAGAAGUGAGACCCGGGGUGUUGGAGCCCACUGCGCAUUGGACCCCCGGCCCUUGGGGCUCGUGUCGUGUCACCAUCGAGCAAACCGCUACCCCGCCCCCUGCAAAUGAUGACAGCGACGAUGAUGCUGACGAUAACGAUGCUAUCUAUGAUGACGAUGAUGAUGAUGAACAAGCAGAUGAAGAUGAUAAAGAGAACGCCCAAGCCAGCUGUGGAGGAGGACUACAAAGACGCGAAGCCACGUGUGUGCGAGCUGACGGCAGUUUCUUGCAUACGUCUCAUUGUGCGCAUGCGACUCUUCCUACACUAGUCCAGCCUUGUGAGGUGCCAUGUCCGCGGGAUUGUGAAGUGGGCGAGUGGGGUGAAUGGGGUGCCUGCCAGCCCACCGACGGCUGUCCGCUUUAUCCUGUCCAGCAACUUACCACUGCUGGCUACAGCGUACGCCGGCGCCGCGUGAUCACCGCGGCGUCUGGGGGCGGAGCUCCCUGCCCCCCUCUGGAAGAAAAGAGGACUUGUUCCACCCCUCGGUGCGCCUCGUGGAAAGCCUUGCCUUGGGGCCCGUGCAUCUUGAAUCGACCACAUACCAGUUGCGGCCCUGGGAAACGCACUCGUGAGCUAAGAUGUGUGGGACAUGAUGGGAAAGAGGCUCAGCGUGCUUGGUGUAGUGGUACUGCGGCUCCAACCCGCAUGGAAAGAUGCCACAUCGCCUGCGCCGGCGACUGCGUGGUGUCUUCUUGGGGAAGUUGGUCGCCUUGCUCGGGUUCCUGUGCUGUGGCCACCAAUCCACCACCCACCAGGACAAGAAGGAGGCAUAUCCUGGCUCACGCUACUCCUAGCGGUUGGCCCUGUCCGGCGGAAGACCAGCUUGUCCAAACCGAACCUUGCAACAACCACGCGUGCGCCACUUACUCCUGGCUCGCCACUCCCUGGGGACCCUGCGAGCGGCGGCGGCAGGAUUACAUUUCAAACACCAACUAUACGGAUUUGCAAGAUGGAGAACCAUUCAACUUCAAUGACGAAGAUGAGCCGUGUGUGGAAGAAGGUGAGAUGACACGCGACGUGAUGUGUGUGCAGAACAACGCUGACGUGGUCAGAGAAGCACUGUGUGCCCCCCUCCAUCGGCCGUCAUCGCGUCGCGCGUGUACAUUGCGAUGCGUACGCGGCUGCCGCGUGGAAGCUUGGGGUCCUUGGUCGCCGUGCCCGAAUACUUGUGCGCCCGAAAAACAGAUACGUGUACGCGCCGUCCACGGCGGGCCGAACUGCGGGCCGCGCGAGCAGUCUCGGCCGUGCCCGGCGGCGCGCUCGUGCCGGCCGCGCGACGCCGCGUGGGCCGGCGGCGAGUGGGGCGUGUGCCGCCUGCCGCCCGACCGCCGCUGCGGCGCGGGCUACCGGCUGCGCAGUAUCUGGUGCGGGUCGGAGUCUCACCGUGUGGAGGCCGGCGCGUGCGCAGGACUGCGAGUGCCUCAAAGCGUGGUCCCGUGUUCGGUGCCGUGCGACCGCAUCCCCUUCUACACCUGCCACGUCAUCUGUUCGGACCCGCUCAAGUACUUGGAUGCGUCUCACCCAGAUAUUCCAAGCUGCGUUUGCAAAAACGUGUCUUUGGAACUUCUUCCUGCCGAUUCUGACUGCAUCCUACCACCAGGACUGGAGUGUGGAGAAGGCAGAUCUUUGAGAGCAGCGCGCUGUAUGGUCGAAGGUCGAGACGUGCCGAUGGAUGUUUGCAAGAAAUAUCAUCCUCUUACUGGACCUAAUCGCGUGCGGGAAGCAUCAACGGACGGCUUCUCCUAUGACGAGGAGUUCCCGAAUUUGCUGCGCGGGCCCUGCAGCGUGAGCUGCGCACGAGACUGCGUGGCCGGACCCUGGGGCCAGUGGGGGCCCUGCGACACCGAGGUCGGGUCCCGAUCCGCUUUCCGGUACCGGACCAGGGAAGUGAUAGAAAUCGGUUCGGUCGGCGGGCGCGAGUGUGGCGCCACCUUGCAGCGCGCCACGUGCAACGAGUCCUUGCCGCGCUGGGCCGUCGGCGAGUGGAGCGUGUGCGCACCCUUCCGCGCGCUGUGCGGCCGGGCCCUCGUCAACAGGACUGUCUCUUGCGUGGACGAAGAAGGCGUAAAGCUGUCCAAGACGAAGUGCCUGGGCAGCGGCGCGGGGCCGAUGCCGCCCAAGGAGAUGGAGUGCCGCGCGCCCUGCCCCGGGGACUGCGUGCUCAGCUCCUGGUCCGAGUGGAGCCCCUGCGAGCGGUCGCAAUCCGGCAGCGGUCGUCGUGACCGCACCCGCGUGGUGCUCCGGCCGGCGCUGGAGGGCGGCGAGCCGUGCGGCGCUCUCGUGGCGGCCGAGAACUGCUUCCCACGCGCCUACAGGUGGCACGUCGCGCCCUGGGACGACUGCCAGCCGCUAGGAGGGUCCCCUUGCGGCGAAGGCAUCAAGCGGAGAGCUGUUCGGUGUAUACGAGAUGAUGGCGCUUUUGUCAACAAUUCGUUCUGCCCAAACGGAAGUCCAGAAGAUGAGAGUAUGUCCUGGUGUUAUGUGCCGUGUGGAGUGGACUGCGAGGUGGGGGAGUGGGGCCCGUGGGACACCUCCGCGUGCUCGUGCGGCGACGCGUCCACGGCGAGACACAUGCGACGGACUAGGCCACACCUGACAACGGCGGUGUGGCCGGGCCGCGCCUGCCCGCCCACAGAGCAGCGCGCGCCGUGCCCGCGGGAGCCCUGCCUCAGACUCGUGGCGAGACCUACUCUGGGCUGCCAUGUACAGACUGCAUCACGCGAAGAAGCGGACGGCGCAUGCGGCUGGGGCGUGAAGAUCUCGCACGCUCGCUGCGAACUCUCCAGCGUCGGCGAAAUGUCCUCCACUUACCUGGACCCGUGGCGCUGCGCCGUAGCCCUCCCCGGCAGGAUUGUAGGCCCGCCCUUGCAUUUCCAGGAGGAAGAAGCGUGUCAAGUGGACUGUGACUGCGAGUCGUCCCUGGGGGCGCCGGGGCCCUGGGGCGCGUGGGGGCCCUGCCGCGGCGGCGCGCGCUCCCGGACCCGCCAGCUGCUGCUGCCCGCCAGGCGAGCGUGCCGGACCCCCAAUAGAUUGGUGACCAUCGAAUGGGCGAACUGUACUGGUUCUGCUGACGAGAUCCAAGACUUGUUGGCUGUUGAACGCGGAGAAGACAAGCCGCGCCGCGCCUGGCUCGAGAAGGAUGUGUACCAUGACGGGUACAUCGAGGGUAGCACCUCGGUGCUGGCAGUAGUAUGGACAGCUACCAUCGUCCUCAGCUUCUACGGGGCUUUCAUGCUCUACAGAGGAUUUAUCAGGUGUCUCAGAAGCAGAAAAAUGAAGACCAUCACCAAAGUGUAA